CAAACUCAUAUUGCGGAAGAAAGCUAAACAGUGCACAGACCUUUGACUUUGUCAGGAUAUCAGCGAGACAGGAAAGAUUACUUUCUCUUUCUGUCAUGCGAAUAUUCUGUAUAACACGAUCGGAACAUGACAUCAAACCUUCCAAUCAGUCCCAAUUACAGCCAGCUGGACGAAAAAUCACCUGAAAACAAAAAUGCACGAGGACAGCAUAUUUUCUUCUUGAUUCUGACUUUAAUAUUAAGCACGGAGACAUUUAUCACGGCUGUUCUUCUUUAUGACUUUUCCGAGGAUAUUCACAGAACUCGUGAAACAGGCAGAGAUGGGGGGUAUCCACUUCACUGUCUCUCCACAGAUCUCAACCAACCUACAGAACAAGCGGGAAUCGCAAGUUGUGACAUGUUCAGUCAAGAACUGAAACGAAGUGCACAGCAGAGACUGUUGCUGGACAUACAGAAUUCAGUAUUGGAGACUUUAGAAGAAUACAACAUCACUGAUGUUUUCAAACCAGCGGUGCACGUCGGGGCAAAACAAGAACUUAAACAGUAUCGAGGUCUCCAGAAAAAUGGUGAAUCUGCAGAUGGAAUUCCUGAACUGGUCCGUAUUCAGUGGGAUAAUAACAUGAGUGGCCAAACCAGCCAGGAGGGUUUAAUGCGCCUCAGCCCUGAUGGAGAGAUAGCGGUGCCACAAGACGGAAUUUACUUUGUUUUCUCUCAGGUCCAUUUCGAAACACGCCUAAGACGAGACGUGCAUUUUACGCAGUAUUUAUACAAGAGGACACCGUCCUAUCCGGGGCCAGUUAUGCUCGCAAAAUCCGCAGUGACACCCUGCCCGAGCGACAGGUCUGAUGUACAGCUCUAUUCCAGCCACCAGGGGGCGCUGUUCCGCUUAGAAAAGGGCGACAGGCUCUCACUGUAUGUGCUAGAUAUCAGCGCCGUGCGCUUUCCCCAAGAGGCCACUUUCUUUGGGGCUUUUAUGAUUAACUAACAAGCAGAACAACUUUUUGUUGAUUGUUUCGACAGAUUAAUUCUUAGAUAUUUACGUGAAACGAAUGCGUAUUUUUAUAUCCCCAUAACAAUGAAUGUUAUCCACAUCAUGGCUAAAUAAAGCUUAGAAGGCCUCUACAUUGUUUUGAUGGUAGGGGCUUGUAAUGGUCAGUUCAUUGUAAAAAAUAAAUUGUCCAUACACCCAUUCA